AUGGCGUUCGGGGAAUCUUUUGUGCGUUGGGGGCAGAGUGCCAAAACGCUUUUUAAAGAUCUUGCAAAGCGUCCUGUUGACACUUCCCGUGACCAAACCAAACUGUUGGUGUUAACUCAUAUUAUUUUUAUCUUAUUACAGGUGCUGCUUUCAGCAAGCAGCCUAUCAUCAACAAAAGAGAUCGCAGAAAAAUCAAAAGUAUCUAAACUCCUUGCCACCCAGGGGAUCAAAGAUGAAGCCGUUUCAGACAAAGGCGUAAAAAGGCACAUUCCGUCAUACGGCUACGGAGGCCACUCCAUCGGGUUCUCCAGCCCCGCCAUAGGAAUAGGCCACUCUGUGGGUCUCGGACACUCCAUCGGGCUCGGACACAUUGGUGUAACUGGGGCCGGUAUUGGGAUUGGCUCCGGUGUCGCUUUAGGCGGAGGGAUUGGAGUGGGCCCGGCUGUAGCUAUCGGAGGAGGCGGUGGUGUGGCAGUAGGUGGUCCGGCAGUCGCCGUCGGUGGUCCAGCAGUAGCAGCCGCUCCAGUCGCAGUGGCUGCUGCCCCCGUCGCUGUAGCGCCAGCAGUACAAACAUCAGUAAACAUAGAACCCAACCCAGUCAUACUGCGUCAAGAGGUACCUCGCUACAUAACAAGAACAAUCACACGCGAUGUCCAAGUUCCCGUCCAAGUACCGGUCCCAGUACCCGUUGAUCGUCAAGUGCCAUACCCAGUAAGAGUCCCCGUUCCCGUCGCCGUGGACAGGCCAGUUCCUUACCCAGUCGUACAAAAAGUCCCAGUGGAGGUAACAAGGCAAGUGCCUGUGUAUUACGAGAGAAAAGUGCCAUAUCCAGUGAAGGUGCCCGUUUCUGUACCUGUACCAUACCCCGUCACUGUUGAGAAGCACGUGCCUGUAGACAGGCCUGUGUACAUCGAUCGUCAGGUGCCUGUACCUCACCCAGUGUACGUUGACCGUCCUGUCAAUGUGCCGGUCCCAGUUCAGGUAGACCGACCAGUUCCAGUGCCACAGCCUGUGGUAGUAGACAGGCCGGUGCCGGUUCCUCAGCCUGUUGUCGUUGAGAGGAGAGUGGCAGUGCCUGCUGUGGCUGCUGUCCAGGCCGUGUCGGCUGGUCCCGUAGCGUCGGUGGCUCUGGGCGGUGGUUCUGUUAUUGGCGGCGGUAUCGGCGGAGGAGUCAUAAGCGGUGGUGUGAUCGGUGGAGGCUAUGGCGGUGGCUACGGCGGUGGCUACUCCAGCGGUUACGGCGUGUCGUCUGGAUACACGGGAGGCUUCUCUAAGACCAUCUCAUACAAUUCUAUUGGUCACCAUUAAUAUUUCAUACCCAGUUGUAUCAUUCGCUAUGUAUAUUUUUGUAAUUAAAAUUAUUUUACCAGUGCACUCUGUUUUAUUUACACUUAUUUCCUGGUUUGUCGUGAUAUAGUAAGAUCAGUUUACUAUACAUCUGCAAAAUCUGUACUAUAACUACUGAAUUAAUUAUAGGUAUUCUACCUAUCUAAUAAUUAUU